AUGCCCCGGUCGCUGCAUUCCACGCAAGCAAAGGACACCCCCGAGGCCGAAGACGGCCAGGAAGGCCUUCGUGACACGUUGGCAGCCCCUCUCGAUGGACCCAACACUCCUCAUGAUUGCUUCGUCUUUGGCGCACCCUUCGAUUUUUUGUAUUUCCUUGUGAGCCAUCGUCAAUCAUCAUCAUCGUCACUCAUCAUCAUCUCCAUUAUCAUCCCCAUUAUCGUCUCCAUCAUCAUCGAUGCCUCGACUGACAAGGCUGACUAUGCUUGCUUGCAUCUCUGUCAUCACUUCCAAUCGAACAAGUGGCUCCGCUCACCCACUAGAUCCCAUUUCUUGGGCAUGCCGGAUGGCUCUCAAUCAUGA